GCAGCCCACCAUCCCAAAUCUUCGUACGAAAAAAAGCCGGUGCACAUCGGCUUCCCGAGCUUCUGAAAAUCCCGAGCACCGACUGUAUCCUUUCGAGACUUUUUUUUUCCUCCCGAGCGAGCGCCCCUCCAACUCGUCUCCUCUCCUCCGCGCGCCUAGGGUUCCUGGGACGAGCCAGCCAACCCAGCAGCCGCCGCCGCCGCCACCCGACGACCCAGCCGCCGCCGGCCGGCCACCGGAGGCCAUGAAGCCGGGAUAGGGCCCCCGACGACCCCGCCCUCUCCGCCCGGCCUCCUCUCCCUCCGCCCGGCCGGCCUCCUCUCCCUUCGCCGCCCGGCCGAGCUCCGGCGACACACGGCUCGGCAACUCCGGCGGCGACCAGGGUGUUCUGUUCUGUUCCCCAUUGCGGUUCAGCUCCGACUCAGAUUCCAGGAAGAUCUGCAAACCGAGCCGGUCUCCGGAUCCGAUUUAUACAAGUCCAGCAACGGGCUCGCCAUAUAAGCAAGGAGAUGGGAUCCAAGACUCUCACCACGUUGCCAGAUUAGCGGGGCCUAUUCCUUAGUCGCAAUCAAAAGUCGGAAAUUCUAUCAUCUCUGUAUACAUACAAAGUCAGAGGAAAGCAUAGAUACACAACAGACCACGGCCGGCAGAUUGACUGGAUUUGGAGACCAUGUCUAAUAAGCGUCAGCACCAGCAACUUGACGGCGGCCGCGCCGUCAGAAGGCUGUGGCCUGCGCUGAAGAAGCACCUCUAUGUCGUGCUCGAUGAUUGGGACAAGGGCUUCAGCAUCCACAAGAUUGAUGCUGACACUUUGCAAGACACCUGCACCACCGACCUGCAGGCUGGGUUCCCUGACCACGCCGUCCUCCGGUUGCCGGCACCGGUGCAUGGUCUUCACAUGGGCUUUGCCGCCCUGGGCAGCAACAUCCUCAUCGCCACCAACGCACAUUGUCUACAGACUCCCGCCCUCGUCUACGACACCGAGACAGCAGGAAUCAGCGUUGGCCCUCGCCUGCCGCUUUCGCUGCUUGGUAACGGCACCAUCACCAUAGCUGCUGGCGGUACGCUGUAUGCACUGACACGUCACCAUAUCAAUGAGCAGCACCAUUUUCGGGCCAUUUCCUGGGCACCAGUGGAGAACGACGACGACGAGCCCUGGGAUCCAAGGCCAGCCAUGAGGUGGUCCUGGAAAAGCGUGCCUUCGCCGCCGACAUUUGACAUGGAGGAUCAUGAGAUUACCUCCUACACGCUUCAUCCGGAUGGGCACACUAUAUUUAUAUCGGCGCACGAGAGGCGCUAUCCGUAUCUUCCCAGUGGCACCUUCUCCUUCGAUACCAAGCAAUCUGAGUGGAGGUGUCAUGGGGAAUGGACGCUGCCAUUCCAAGGCCAAGGUUACUUCGACAACGAGCUUGAUGCAUGGGUUGGGCUUCGUAAAGAUGGCUACAUUUGCUCCUGUCAAGUCGCCUCCCGCAGCAACAUAAGUACUGUGGAGCCGGAGUGGAAGAUGGUCAAGGAGAAGUUGUUCCUCAAGGUCCCGGAGAGGCAGCUGAAAUCGGCAAGGGCCACUCUAGCGUACAUGGGCAACAGCAACUUUUGCCUUGUGGAGUUUUUGCUACGCGAGGGAGUCGAGUUUAAGUACGCCUUUGGUGACCGUGAUGGUUGUGUGCUCCAGAUGAGCAUGUUUGGCCUUAAGUAUGAUCGUAAGGGAGAACUGCAAAUCAUGCGCCACCGCACGAACUCCUUUGUAGUUUCAAAGCAUCUCCUGACAGUUUCUCCUGUAGUGUUCUGGAUGUAAACCUGUUUUAUGUUAACCAUGUCCCAGUAAUGUAAGCUAUGAUGUACUUACUGAUAUGUGGCACUAUAUAAGGAUAAUAAAAUUAAGUCGGCUUCUCUUCACAAUUUUA